AUGGCGAAGAAAGUGGUGCAACAGAGGAUGAUUGCGGUAGUGGUGCGAGGCCUGGAGGAGGCACAGCCAGGAGCCGAUCGCUUGCGCAGCAGUGCCAUGCCACCCGACAAAAAACGCGCGCCGGCGCCGGCAACCACACCGAGCUCUCCAAGUGUGGCAGUUGGGCCUCGUCAGGCCCGCAGCGCCAAAAAGGCCGCUGACUCUCCUGGGCCGAGUCCCAUCGAUGCCCGUCCCGCCGGCAGCCAGGCAGCAGCAAACAGCGACAUCAUUACCAUCUGGGUCGUAAACGACCAGGAGAUUAUCAAAAGUGUCAACGUCCACCGAGACUUUGCCCUUCAGAAUCUAAUCGAACCCUUCUGCCGCGCCGUCAACCGCAAAGAGGGCGGCAUGUGGCUGCUCUUCAAGGGAACGCCCAUCCCUUUGCAGGCCACUCCUCGCAAGCUUGCAAUGAGCAACGGGGAGGCGUUAAGGAUGACAAGGCUGCGCGGCUUCCACUUUUACUACUUCGUCGCCAAACUUUGCUUGGACUUGCUGAUGCUGGUCGUUAUGUACUUGUUUUGUACUGCGCAUUGGAAUGUGCUGCUCUCUCCCUCUGGUGACCUUCCAGACCCCGAGCUGCCGGUGGUUAGGCUGGCGGUUUGGUGCAAAGUCCAACUGCUGCGGCUGGUCAUGUGA